CGGGUCCGAGCUCAUCCCAUGUAACGCGCUAUGGCCCCCCCGGGCGGGCUCUGAGCUAAUCCGGUUUCACUUUCGCUUUCGGGAAGCCGCCUCCUUUCCCAGAAGCGGAUCGGGGCAGCCGGGGACUUCCCAGGGCGGGCGGCGAACCCGGUGCCGGACCCGCCUCUCUCCGCCUCCUCGCCCGGGCCGGGGAGUUGCGGGCGGCGGGUUUUCACGGGGCGGCUGCGGAGCGGGGCCAGGAAUUGCCCCUGGAGCCUGGGAUCCGCUAGCCCCGGAGAAUCCGCAUCCAGACCCCGCCGGGACAGAGGGGAGACCCCAAGCGGAGUGGAACUGGAUUGGCACGGACAGGUUCUGCGGUCACACCGACGCGGGCUCUGAGCGCAGUGACCGAGCGGCCGCCAGAGGGCGCCCCCGACGGGGACCGGCCGCAGCCGGGCCCAAGAGAUUUAGACACUCGCUGCUGAGAGCGGCAGGGACUGGCCGCAGCCAGGACUUGGAGAUUUAGACACUCGCUGCUGAGCGCGGGCAGGGACCGGCCCGGGGAUGAAGCUGGCCAUGGCCUGGGUCUCCCUGCCCCUGGUGGUGCUGCUGGAUUUCCUCACCCUGCGCCUGGCCCUGCUGCUCUGCCCCCUGCUGCAGGCCUGGGACCCCCUGGCGCUGGCCUGGGGGGUGGCGCUGGCGCGGUGGGCCCUGCUGAGCCUGAGCGCCCAGGCUGCCCGCGGCAGGGGGCAGGGGCUGCCCGGGGGGCUGCAGGACGCGCUGCUGCCCCUGGCCGCCCUGCUCAGCCUGCUGCUGCCCGGCUACGUGACCCUGCAGGCGCUGGCCCAGCCCCGGGCGCCCCCCUCGGAGCUGCUGCACGGCUGGGGGCGAGGGGACGUCUUCGGCCUGACCUACGGCGUGGCGGGGCUGGUGGCCGCGCUCUGGCACCAGCUGUUCCCCGCCGGGAAGGGGGAGCCGGGGCCCUCGGCCUCGCUGGGCCGCCUGCUGGCCUGUAUGAGGCCCGACCUGCUGCGCUUCGUGGCCAUCGCAGGGUUCCUGGUGCUGUCCUCGCUCGG